CCAAGCUUUCGCCAGGACGAAACCGCGUCCCCACUGUUCUCCGCAGGGUCCGAGUGAAACAGGAGGGGCGUGCACUUUGGAGAGCCGAAGAAACUCACGCGUUUUUCUCGAAUGAAGCAUCCCUUUUUUCAGACGUUUUCGUCACUCUCCUCCGCAGGCGGGGUCUGAACGACAGACUCGAAGAAACCGGCAAAACCGCGCGCCUGGAAGCCUGCUCUCCAGUGCACCCUCCGCCCCCCCAACCUCGGGGUCAUGAGUUGGAAACUGAUCAACUGUGUCUCAGGCGAGGUGUGGGCGUUGCCCCCUUCCCUUCUCUCCCCGCCUUCGCCCGCAGCUCCAGGCGAAGAGGAAGAGGCAAACCUCCGAAAGACGAGCUCUGCAUGCGUUUCUCGAUCUCCAAAAGUCGCUUCCUCCCCUCUCGCGAAUUCACCUUCGUCUCCUGACCCUGUCGAUCCCGCAUUCAGUGUCGGACGGAGCCCCCGGUGUGCCAUCAGGCUCGCUGACUGCGGCGUCAGUCGCAUCCAUGGCUGCUUUCGAGUCCUCCCGCCUUCUGCUGCAAACGUCUGUCUUUCUGUGCGAGACGUACUUCCUCUGCCUCCUGACUCGGAUGGUUCGACUCCCCGCAGACCUCGCAGACAGCUCGAGAGAGAAGCGCAUGGCCACUGCGACCGUCGACCCUCCGGCGCCGCACGUUCGUCGGAAUCCUCAACUGUCUCGCUGUCGACGCAUCCUUCGUCUCUCGCUUCGACUCUCUCCUCUGCUCUCGGGGCUUCUCCCUCUGCUUCUUCGACUGUUCCGGUGAACAGCGAAGAUGGGACAGAGACACCGCAUGCAGCGGACCGAACUGCUGUGUCGGACCUCGUGUGGUGGUCCGCGUCUCGGACAGGUCGCGUCUUUUUCGUGGACGUUUCGUCGAGCGGGACAAGGCGAAAUGGCGCGCUUCUGCGCUAUCCGCCCGAGCUGAGAGAGGCGCAUCGAAAGACGCGUCUGGGGAAGAACGCAGCCGUCACGGCUGAGGACCCCACAGGCGAGAGAAAAUGGUUCGAGCUCUUCGAUGGCGACAUCCUCCGCUUCGGCCAGUGCCCCGUGGAGUUCGUUCUCAGAUUCUUCCCCCUCGUUUUCUGCCUCUCGGCGUCCACCACGCUGGGGCGCCGCGCCUCCCGCACAGAGCUGGAGUGUACAGACGCCCUUCCGGUCUCCCUCGCGGCGGACGGCUUGCAGUCGACCGAAGAAGACGCGGGAGACGAACAGCGAGAGGGAGCGCAAGAGGCGCAACCGGGAACUGGGGAGACCAAUGAGGAGAAAGCGGAGACCAUGGACCCGCGUAGGGUCGACGAUUUACUCGAGAGAGGCAGAUGGAGUGGCGCCUACUUUCUGACUGACGGAUGGCAUCCCGUCUGUUGCGCGCUCCUCGUGACCGAGCCAGCCUCUCUGCCACUGACAAAGGUGCUCGGCUGCGUCCUCGCCAAUCGCCCUAUCCUCAGUCCCGCUUGUCUCUCGCCUCCUCCAGAAGAGCCUUCUUCGCCAGCCGGCCCAACUUCGUCUUCAAACGCGUCGAGCUCCGCCUUUCCUCUCGCCGCGCCUCCAGGUGUCUCUGCCUCGAGUGUGGGGUGUGCGAGAGGGCUUUACGUGGUAGGGUGUCUCCUCGAGUCUCUCGGCGCUUCUCAAAGUUGGGCGCAGUCUCUCCGGAAGCGUGGAGAGACACCAGGGGAGCUGGCGCCCCGCGCCGAGGCGUCUGCGGAGACAGCGAAGGAGCAGAAAGAAGUGCAGUCGCCUCAGGUCGCCCAGCUGUCUGAACGGAGUUCUCCGGCGUUCAUGCAGCGUCGUUCCGAGGAAGGCGCAGGAGAGCCAGACGGUGCAGGAGAGCCCAGGAAGAAAGAGGGCGUUUUCUGCUGUCCGGAGGCAGCGCCAGACUGGCGGUACCUCGUGCCAGAAGAAGGUCGCAUGGCACUUUGCGUAAAAUCAGAAAAAGGAGUUCUGUUUGGACGUGAAGCAGAGGCGGCGGAGCGUAGCCGAGGAGGCGGCCUCGCAGACACUCGGAGGAAGGACGGGAAGGAGAUCGUCGUCGCCGACGCAUACCUUCCUGCGGCUGCGCUCAGCAGUUCUGAAAUCUUGAAAAGAUAUGCUAAACAGCCCCUCCUUAUCUCUCGCCGAAAUCUCCUGCGAGAUGCCGUGUUCCUUUUUGCCUGUCCCCGCUCUGACGGAGAGCAGAAGAAGGAGAAGGGCAAGAAGAACGAGUCCCAGAGCGCGCAAGACAAGAGCGCGAGAGAGAACAAGGAGUGGCGACUUGCGAGAGAAGAAGAGCCUGCGAGAUCGGAAUCGAAACCCAGAGGCGAAAGGGAAGAGGAGGAGGCGCAUGCGCGUCACACUCUUCAGAGGAAGAGCAGCAACUCACUCGCAGAUGUCCUGAGACAAAGCCAGACUGUCGUGCUCGACUUCUUCGCUGAGAUGCCCAGACACUCUUCGGAAGAACUGAGAGCCUCUUCUACCUCUUCUUUCUCUCCUUCUGGUUCGUCUUUCUCUUCCUCUUCUUCUUCCUCUUCUGCAGAUCUGCGUCGCGCGCUGUCCGAGGCCUUGUCACUUUCGGAAGGCGAAUCGUUUGUGUGCGGAACUUUUUCGUCUGGCCUCGCGAGGUGGAUUUGCGAGGCACUCGGGGCGCGAGAGCGCCGAGACGCGAGUCUCUCCGUAGCGUCUCCGUCUCUGUUUGAUAUGGCUGACGAGCUCCGAGGGCUGUCAGAGGCUUCAGACGGAACUGCUCCUCGUUCGUUUGAUGCCUCUGUCUCCAUCACUUCUUCGCGACCAGGAGAAACUGUUAACAAGGAACAGAGAAGGCAGAGAGCCUUUGUUCUCGUCCUCCCCAAUGAAACAGCAGCUAGCGCGGCCGACCUAGACACUGACGCAGCAAACCUGGUACGGGCCAUGAUCUCUGCUAUGUACCUCGCUCUUGGAGAGUACCUCUGUUCCCGCUCUGCUUCUUCUCGCGCGUCUGUUUUGCCUUUUUCUGCUUCCGCCCAUGCGUCUUUGAAGCAGCUCGUGGAGGCAGGAGAGAUGCCGCAAGUCUUCAUCUGCAGCGAAGAACAAGUGUCUCUGUCAGUCCUUCUCGGGCGUCCUCUCUUUCCCCUCGCUCGACGAAUUUCUCCAGUGCAAGCAGUCGAUCUGUCCGCUUCGAUGCCUUCGAACUCAAAGCAUUCUGCUUCCUCUCCCUCCGCUGUGGAUCGCGUGUCUUACCGCCUCGAAGAAAGUGAGAGUCUCCGACGUAUGCGAGAAGAAGCGUUGAAAGACGCACUGCUCUUUGCUGGAAAGCAGAAUAGAGACAGAAGACCGGAGUCACGAGAGAACGAGUGCGAAGAAGAGAAAAGCAGCAGAAGACAAGACGAUGCAAGGACCGAAGAGGGAGGGGCAGAACGCAGAGCGAAAGCAGAGAGUCUCUGUCGGACGCCGGCAUCUCAACGUCCACCGGAAGCAAAGACAACCAGCCUGACGCCUCCGCCUCGGUCUCUGCCGUCUUCGCAGAAGUUCCGAGAUUCGGAAUCUGCUGCAGUCUCCACUGCGUGGAGAGAGACAGGCAGCGGCACUGGUGAAGGCCAGAAACUGGUGAAACUGGUGCCGGUCAUGGGCGGCAUGCUGUCGAAGCGGGAAGGCGAGAAGACACUCGAAACAUCGGAGUUGGAGCAAGACGCUUUCUCCGGAAAUGUCUCUCCUGUGUGUCUCUCGUCUCCUUCCCUAGGAGCUGGAGGGUGGCAGAGGCGGCGACCACGAGGGCGGAGGGAAGAGCUGAGAGAGAACGUCCAAACGAGAGAAAGGGAGGACGACGCGAGUCUUUUUUGCGAGAGGCAAACGAACGAGUGCAUGAAUGCGCGAGGCUGGUCGCAGGAGAGACGCGGAAAGAGAGACCAGGUUCGCCCGGAGAACGUCAAGCGGUUUCGAAAGAGCCGGGUGUACAUGCAUCCCGGAACUGCGCUGGAACGCGUUGCUCUCGCGCCUGUCGCGAGCCCUCAGCUCCACGACUGUCUGGCUUCUCCCGUUCUUCGACCAUCAAGGCGAAACGAACGCGGGGACGGAGAACGAUGCGCGGAUCUCAGACAAAAGCGAGGAGAGAAGGAAGGGCAUCGGACAGACUGGAGACGCAGAGAAGGAUGUUUGCAAGAAGCAGAUUUGAGAGAAGGACAUUUGGAGAGAGGGAAGCCGGGAGGAGUCUGUCCUGGAGACAGUCAGUUGACUUGCGGGAGAGAAAGACGGUUAACCGGUCCCCUCGGUGUCUCUUCUUCGCGCGAGGAGGCGCGAAGCGAGAAGGGAGGAAAUACCGGCGUCAGUCUUGAGUCAGAGAAUAGUCACUCCUGUUUGCUGAAAGACGACGAAGGAAACGAGCUGGCCUUCGAGAGCGCAGGAAAAACGGGAGAGAGAAGCGGAAGCGAGGAGACAGUCUCUCAGAGACGGCGAGAGCCCGACGGAGACAGGAGAUUUGGUCGACGCCUAAUCAUUGCUGAGAUGGUGGAUGAAGGUCAAGAGAGGAAACGGAGAAAGGCGAGGAGAGAAGAAGAAGAAGAAACAGUGGAAGCGCAGAGGCUGACAAGAGGUCUGCAGACGCGCAGAAAAAACAGCAACGCGGGGAGCGACGGAGAACAGGAAGAGAGUGUCGAGGCCCCGCCAAGUGCAGAAAGAGGGCUCCGGAAAGCAUUGCAAGAGAGCGAAAAAGAACUCGGAAGAAAGAAGAAAGAUGUGAGGUUUUCUGGCGCAAGAGUCGCUGAUCUCAGAAACGAAAACGUCGCGGCAAACAGCUCCGAGAGCUCAGACAGGAGAGUCUGUGAAUCUCUCGAAACGCCUGCCCAAACCGCAGGCGCCCCGAAGCGACGCCGCUUACCUUGGCAACAGAGGUGAUUUUGAAGACAGUUUUCCUGUAAAUCUACACCUUCUUUCCUUAUGUCGAAGAUGCAUGAAAUCACCCUGCAGAGAUACAGACUGUGCUGAUAUCCAUAUAUAUAUAUAUAUAUAUCAAUAGUUUUAUCUGUAUCCAGGAUGGUUGGAUUCCAUCUGCCACGGUAUUGUGUUUGCCGAUAUAUAUACUUAAAUGUAUAUAUAUAUAUAUAUAUAUACAUUUUUUGUAUAUAAAGAUAUAUAUACAUAUAUAUAUAUAUAUAUUGGUGUGUUGUACGGUGACAGAGGUAAAACUGAAGCUUUUGAAAGAAGGCGAGGGUGGCAGGGUAAGGCGACGCAGACAGGAGAAGAGACAGAGAGAGAAUCGAGGAGAGGCGGUCGCCAGAACUGGGGUCGUCGGAACCGAGUGCUGGCUGUGAAAAAACCUGAGCAAGCAGAGAUGUGGACUUUGGGCCACAAGGCAGCGGUCCAGUUGGCGUCGUCCUAGACGCAUGCAACGGUGUCUUGGCCUAGGAUUUUCUAGGUUGGAAACAGAGCCCGGUUCUCGAUAAAAUAGGUAUAUAUAUAUAUAUAUAUAUAUAUAUAUAUAUAUAUAUGCGCGUGUGUGUCUGUAUAUAUAUAUAUAUAUAUAUAUAUGUUUUGUUUACAUAAGUGUAUAUACGUUUUUGGUGUAGUGUUUGUGGGAUGAGGGGAAUGUGUGUAAGACGAUCGUUAUUUGUCAGUUCCCGUCGGAUGAUUUUAAAUUCUGUGUCAACUCGCAUGCA